AUGUCAAUUGUAAAUUUAACAUUUAUAUACUCCUCAUUAUUUACCCCCGCCAAUAGUGCCUUUUCAACAUUUACAUCUGUUACUAAUAUUUAUUUGAGACAACCAACAUCACCAACAAUAAGAAAGUUCCCAGUUGAAAUCAUUAAAAGUAAUUUAGUAUCGUUCAUUUCCGAUGGGCCUUUUACAGAGGAGACAAGUCCAAUAGACUUAUCAAGUUUCAAUAAUUUAAAAACUUUAUCAUUCACAACUGUUGGAUCUUUUGGUAAAAAUGGGUUACCUUUUUCAAAGUUACCUCCAAAUUUAAAGAGUUUUACUUUUUCAAAUGGUAAUUUACCCCUCAGUAAUUUAGACUUUACCAUAUUUAAUAAUAUUGAAAGUGUUUCUUUAGGAGAAAAUGGAAUUACAUCAAAUUUACCAAUUUUUACUGGUAUAAAUAUUAUAAAUUUUAAUUUAUCAGGAAAUGCAAUUAAAGGACCUAUUGAUAAGUCAUGGUGUAGUACAAAUUUAGAUUUAUCAUAUAAUGUAUUUUCAGGUUCAGUUCCAACAUGUUUUUCAUCAUAUUUUUGUGUAGAAAAAAUUUAUAAAGCUUUUGCAGGAAAUGUUUUUACAGGGUAUACCAAUCAAUGUGCACAAACUGCUCUCCCAUCAACCAUUAAGAUAGAGGGAUCAAAUACUGUAAUUUAUGGAAGUGAUUUAGGUUUUGGUUCCAGUUUUAUUUCAAGUACACCUACAUAUAACUGGAAACCAGUAAUAUUUAGCAAAUCAUACAUUAUUGAAGGCCUUACAACUCCAACCAACUUUAGUAUUUCACUAUUACCAUUUAACAAACAAUUUACAUUAUCAAGUUCCGAUAAUGUACCUGUAGUUUCAAGUUAUGGUGUUUCUAUUAAUGGGGAUAGUUCAGCAACUGUUACAAUCAUUGGCGCUUAUUUUAGUUAUAAUACAACAGCCAUAUCGGUUGUUUAUGAUACUGCAGAAUGUGCUGUAGUAACUUCUUCUUUCGAAAGUAUUGUUUGUAAAAUUAAAAGUUAUAGCUCGUCUUUAGCCAGCAUGCUUAGGGCGACAAUAUUAAGAGUUGGCGAUAAACAAAUUCAAUAUGUUUCAAAUCUUACAGCUAAUGUCGGAAUGGUAGUACCAAAACUCUGUUCUUAUACUUAUAAUUCAACAUGUCCAAAUGAUUGUUCAGGUAAUGGUACUUGUAUAAUUUUGACAGGAAAAUGUAAAUGUUUACCAGGCUUCCAAUCAAUAGAUUGCUCAUUACCCUAUAUAGAAUGCCCAGUUAAUUCCCUUACCAAUCAGGUUUGUAGUGGUGGCUCAAAUACCUGUGAAACCACUACUGGUGUGUGUAAUUGUGACUCAUCACAUCAGGGAGUAGCAUGCGAAAAUCAAUUUAAACAGUGUCCAUGUGGUGGUAAUAAAUUUGGUAGUUGUACCAAUACCACAGGUUCGUGUAAAUGUUUAAGUGAUUGGACCGGUACAGACUGUUCCAUACCAAACCAUUAUUGUUCAAGUAUAACACCAGCUCCAAGCGAUGGCAAUGUGCAAGUGACUCUUUAUGGUUGGUUUGGUAAUGAUCAUAAAAAUCUUAAAGUAGUUAUUGGUGGUAAUGACUGUCCUGUCAUUAAUAAAGAUAGCUCAACAAUAAAUUGCACAGUUGCUCCAGGGUCUGUAGGUCUUACAUCAGUAAAUAUAACACAAAAUAAUAUAUCAUGGUUUGGUAAAGAUCGUUUCCAAUAUUAUUCAGUUGUUAAAGAAAAGAAGUGCCCAAAUGAUUGUAGCUCAAAUGGUCAGUGCGAUACCAAAUCAGGAAUUUGCUUAUGUAAUAAUAACUAUUCAGGUUUUGAUUGCAGUGCAUAUUCACCAGAGGAGGAGGAAGAAGAUAGCAGCAGUAAUCCAAAUAAACCACCAAAAUCAACAAACACAGUUGACAGUUCAUCUUCUGCUAUUUCAAUUAAUAACGAACAAACCAGUUAUAAUUUAUUAAUUGUUAAGCUUUUGGAAAUUGAUAUCUAUGGUAAUCCAGCCAAGACUUAUGAAUUAAAAGAUAAUUGGAAAUAUGACCCAGACCACUCAAAUAAAACUUUUUACCAAUUUAAUCAAAAAUUAAACAAUUUAAACAACCCAGAUAACAAUACAUGGAUUAAAUCAACAAUCGAAGAGAUUAAAAAGAAUCGUAUUCAAGAAUUUGCAGGUAAUCAAUUUUUAUUAGAAAAAAAUUCUAUUAAAGUUUCAAUAGAAUUAUUCAACUACACUUUUGAUAACAAUUUAAAUACUUUACAAUUACAAAUCGAAUCUUCAGUAGAUGUAUUAAAAGACCAUCAAGGUAAUCAAUGUAAUAAUGCCACAACAAGUGUUUCAGAAUCAAAUUUAUCAGAAUCCAAUUUAAAUUAUUUAAAAAUUACAAAAAAUUCAAAAGUUCUCUUUGGUAGAUUUAUAAACUCCAUUUUAUCUGAUGGCCGUGCAACUUUUAUUACAAGUGGAAUAGUUGAAAGAAAUAACGAUUCUUUAAUUGUCGGUUUAAAUUUACCACAUUGUUCAAAUUGUUUAAUUGAUCCUGAUUUUUCUGUAUUAGUAGAUUCAUCUUAUAAAUCAACAUGUGGUGAAGAUAAUAAAAAAUCAUGGGUAUUACCUGUUUCGAUUGUAGUACCUUGUGUAUUCGCAGCAUCAGCAAUCAUCAUUGGUGCUUUUCUUUAUAAAAGACAUCGUACAAAAAUAUUAUUGGCAACAAAUAGAUACAAAUUCUCUUUAAAAUCUUUAUCUAAAAAAAAUAAAGAUGAUUUAUAUGUAAAUUAA